UAAGAUUUGUAUCUGCAUUUCUGAAGUCUUGAUCAGUCUCAGGUGCUUGAAGUUGCUUGUGAGUGUGGACAUUACCAUUCUGGGAUGGCUGAGCAUCUAGGGACUCAUUUCAUGCCUACACCUCUCAGGGGCCACAGCCUUCAGGAAGCAAUUCAGUAUUCAUGAGUCUAGAGAGAAAAUGAAGCUGUAGAGAGUGUCUAGGGAAUGUUUGCCAGGAAAGAGAGAGGAAGAUUGAGUUCUUAAAGCUGCAUUUUUCUUUAAAUGAAGAAAACACAGAAAUAGCACUGUAAGUAGGAAUCAUCAUGCAAACUCAGAAGCAGCUUGGGGGUUUAAGGUGCUACUACAUGAUAUUGAGUAGACAUAGACAGAAACCUCAAGUGUGGGUUGGUUAUUUUUACAUCUAGAACUGGGUGCUGAACACUGUGGCAACCACCACUUGUGAAUUGCUAGAAUAAGGGAAUGUGAUUCCCUGUGGAUGAAUCCAUGUUACCCUACUUAUUGUUUAUCCUUGUUGCCUCAAUUAAUUAGCUUUCUCCUACUACUUGUUCAGAUUCCCAGUCACUGACAAAACAGAACAUACGCUGUGGUUGUUGUGUGGUACUAACUGCGGCUCAGAUUUAUUUAAAAACAUUGUGUUACUCUGUGCAACAAAUUCUGACUAAUUGCUUCUCCUCUGCUCUGCCAGUCUGUGAAAAGGUCAGCAUUGAGAACCAUCAAGUCGGAGCUCCCUGCUGAAUCUGUGUAAGCUUGUGCAAAAUGCAAACUCUGGUGAAUGAGGUUUCGCUGGUAGGCAAGUUAAGUGUUUUGAUGAAAGAAGUGUGCUCAUCCUUGAUUCAGGUCCUGAAGAUUUUGAUCUUUCCUCCAGGUUUUAGUUUAAAGGUAACCAUAGCACAAAUGCAUCCAUUAUUAAGUGCAGAACGGCAGUGGCUCCUUGGGCACCCUCUUUGCUUUAAUAUGAGCACCCGUGUGAACAGCAAACAGCGCUGAUAUUGUUGUCAAGUGUGACACGCUGGCAGAUGCGAUGGGCAGCACGCUGGAACAAUGCAAACUGCUGGAAUGCAAACUGCUGGAAGAGGCGAUGCUCAAGGGCGAGGGGAAGGCGGACAGCGAGCGGCUGCUGAGGAAGGUUCGGUUCCGCGUGGCGUCCUCGCACAGCGGCCGCGUGCUGAAGGAGGUGUACGCCGAUGGCGAGGCCAACGAUUCACUGGACUCCGAGUACGCCAGCAGCUCCGAGACAGACCAAACCAGCCGGCUGAGCGAAGUGGACGGGCAGCACAACGGAUACGUGGGCUCGGAGUGUGAUGAAAAUGAGAGUGAGCAGGAUGACCUGCUCAUUUUAGUCCGAGCCGCUAAAGAGAAGGGGUUUGGUACAAAGAGAGUCAACAUCCUCAGCAAAAAUGGCACAGUCAGGGGAGUCAAGCAUAAAGUCAGUGCUGGUCAAGCCCUUUUUGACAAUUUGGCAAAAGUAUUUCAGGUCUCAACAGUCCCAGAGUUUGGCCGCAUAGAGAUUUAUACUACCAGUCUUCGUAUAGUGAGAACCACUUUUGAAAGAUGUGAACUGGUCAGAAAGAUAUUUCAAAAUCACAGAGUUAAGUUUGAAGAAAAAAACAUUGCUCUGAACAGUGAUUAUGGAAAAGAACUAGAUGAAAGAUGCAGAAGUGUCUGCGAAGUUCCAUCACUCCCUGUUGUGUUUAUUGAUGGCCAUUAUCUUGGGGGUGCUGAGAAAAUUUUACUAAUGAAUGAAUCUGGGGAACUGCAGGAUCUCUUAACCAAAAAUGAGAGAGUCCAGCAUCCUCAGGAGUGCCUCUCUUGUGGGGGCUUUGGUUUCCUGCCGUGCUCAGCGUGCCAUGGGAGCAAGAUGUCCGUGUUCCGGAACUGCUUUACGGACUCCUUCAAAGCCCUCAAGUGCACUGCCUGCAAUGAGAACGGGCUCCAGCGCUGCAGGAGCUGUGCAGGCUGAAAAUGGCAUCUCCACGUGUUCAAACUAAUUUUAUGGUAC